GAUAUGCAGCUGGCUAUGUGAGCUGAUUCGCUGACCCUGUUGUGAUGAAAGAUAUCUCUGAUCUCCUCCCAAUCAGCAUUUUCUCCACUCUCCUCCCACCACAAAGCUUUCAGAGAUGAUUUAACACAGAGCUCCAGAGAUGAACAUGUUGUCUUUGUUCCAGAGUUUCAGAAGAAGAGAUUGCCAGCUCCAUGGGUGGUCUCAGGGUGGGGGACUGGGGUACCAUGUGUUGGCAGAUGGAGAUUUUGCAACCAAGUGUGCAGCAAAACAGACAGGAUAUGUGUUUUACAAGUCUAAUGAAGGCGCAUUGGCAUGUGUCACCGAACGGAGCUUCAUACGGCUUCCUGAGGUUACCAAGCCGGUGCUGAGCGAAUCGGGCAACUUAUAUUUAGCCUUGCAAAUGGUGCGCUAUGGAUUAUGUCUUGGGGCUCUCCAGUUUCGUCUUCGGUGCGUUUUGUUUCAUGCAAGGACUGUGGAUGUCCAUGAGGCUGCUGUUCAGGUACUGAGCAGGUCUGUCUCAUAGUCUCAAACCAGCUCUUCUUUUUCAUUUAAACUCCAUCUCCUUUCUGAACUCUGGAAGAGACUUUUUUUUUGUCUUUUCUGCACUGAGAUAUCUUCAGUUUGGAUCUUAAGAUUUUGCAAGACAAAAGCCUGGGAACUUUUACUUUUAGUGUAACUAGGACAUCACAGUUUACUUCACUGUACUUUCGAAGUUUUGGCUCAAACACCAUCAUAUCAUGGAUAUUCUAGCCUUAGAAGCAAAAAGCCAAAAUGGAGCAGAAGCUGAAAAGAAGCCUACACCCAAGCCAAAGUCAAAAGCGCCCAAGAAGGCUAAAAGGAUUGUUUACUUUGAGGUGGAGAUCUUGGACUUGAAGACUAAAGAGAAGCUGCUGUUGCUGGACAAGGUGGAGCCAACAGCCACAGUUUUGGAUAUUAAAUCCUUGUUUCACAAAUCAUAUCCAAAGUGGUAUCCAGCCAGACAGUCUCUGCGUUUGGAUUCAAAGGCCAAGUGUCUCAGGGACGAGGAAGUUCUCCAAAUGCUACCUGUGGGAACCACAGCCAGCUUUUAUUUCAGUGACCUGGGACCCCAGCUCACAUGGGGAACAGUAUUUUUAGCCGAAUGUGUUGGUCCGUUGAUUCUUUACCUAAUGUUCUACUUCCGCCUUCCCUUCAUUUACUCUCCAAAGUAUGAUUUCACCAGCAGCAAGCACUGGGUUGUACACUUGGCCUGCAUGUGUCACUCCUUCCACUACAUCAAGAGGGUUUUGGAGACUCUGUUUGUCCAUCGUAUCUCCCAUGGGACCAUGCCUCUCAGAAACAUAUUUAAGAACUGUGGCUAUUACUGGUGCUCUGCGGCUUGGAUGGCAUAUUACAUCAACCAUCCACUCUACACCACACCCUAUUACGGGCAGCAGCAGGUGAACUCUGGGCUUUACAUUUUCCUGUUCUGCCAAGUAGGAAAUUUUUCAAUCCACAUUGCACUUCGUAACCUAAAAGUUCAAGGCUCAAAAGUCAAGAAAAUACCUUAUCCAACAAAAAAUCCCUUCACAUGGAUUUUUUGGCUAGUCUCUUGUCCCAACUACACAUAUGAGCUGGGAUCCUGGAUUGGCUUCACGGUGAUGACCCAGUGUGUGCCCGUGGCGUUCUUCACCAUCGUGGCCUUCGUCCAGAUGACUGUGUGGGCUAAAGGCAAACAUCGCAGCUACUUAAAGGAGUUUAGAGAUUAUCCCACCCUCCGCUCAUCCAUACUGCCCUUCAUCCUGUAAUAGAGUCUGGCGAGGAGAACUGUCAUUCCUGCUCACAUCCAUGAGGUUAGGGGUGUACAGGUGCAUCUCCAUAAAAUAGAAUACCACAAAAGAGCUCAUGUGUUUCGGAAAUCCAAUCCAAACAGUCAAAUAUAGAUUCGUGCAGCUCUGACUGUGGACUUGAGAAAACAGUGGACCAACAUCAGCAGAUGAUACGGCUCUCCAAAUCAUCACUUAGUGUGAAAACUUCCCAUUGGACCUCAAAUGGCUCAAGAGUGGCUUAACACAACAAAUUCAACAACUGUAGCUCAUGUCCAUGAGACGUCUGUGUGUGGCACUGACUCCAGCUGCAGUAAAUCUCCCCCAUGCCCUGGCUUAAACAGUCAAAAAAAAAGGUUAAUCAAAAAUGCCACUAUUAUUGUUGCUUGUGCACAUUUUUCCACCACACUUCUUCCUUUCACUCAACUUUCCCACUACAGUAUAUGCUUGGAUAGAGCACAUUGAACGGCCGGCUUCUUUUGCUUACCCUCCAGUGACCAUCAAUUCGUUGUAUUUUAAUUUGCUUAGGCAGUGAAGUUUGGGUUUUCACACAGUAUGAGUCAAAAUAAGCAAUUGAGAUACAUUUAUCUGUGACAGAUUAUAUAUAAACUCUAGUUUUACUUUUUGAAAGCAUUUAACAAACAACUUUUUAAUGGUGUUCUAAUUCAAGGAGAUGCACUGUAAAUGCCUUUUGGUCAUUUUUUUCUCUGGGUGUUGGACUUUUAUGGGCAAAUAAAGGCAGCAAAUUGCAGUAAAGUCUUACCAUAAAGUGUGUAAUUUAGUGAAAUGUGUCAUUUUGUGUUUUGCUACUUUAUGUUUUAAGAUACACAUUACAAAUUGCUCCAAAUAUAUUUAUGUUUAUAGAGAGAGAGAGAUGUGUGGAAAAUGGAGUGACCCCUUCUUGAUUUUCAAUUUUGAAUAUUUAUUACACUUCAUUGUUUCAUGUUCUGAAAACACUGAAAGUGAAAACAGGAAGGAGGCAAGAACUUUUUCAUACUACUGUAUAAAUAAAUAAAAAAACAUUGGACACUUACCCUUCAGAUGGGAAAUGAAGUGGCUAAUUUUGCUAGUUUAACCGAUGGCAGCCUGGGGCUGCUAUUGCGACUAAAUGUUACUGAUACUUCCGUGAUGCAAACUUUACAAGAUUUUUCAGGAAGAAAAUGAGCAGAAAUUUGUUUAAGCAAAAUGUUUGUUUUCAAAGUUUGGAAUAUUUUCCUCAUUCAUGCAAUGAAACUGCUUUUUUCCCCAGAGAGGUUCUAAGUAAAUAAACAAUU